AUGACCCUGUCUAAGAAAGGGAAGCUGCUGCUCUUCCUGGGCUCCCAGAUGAUAGUCAUAGCGCUCUUCUUCCAUACAUCCGGCCAUAGGGGCUUGUUCCAGAACGAAGAGCCCAGGAGGCCCAUGCAUGUGCUGGUCUUAUCUUCCUGGCGGUCUGGAUCUUCUUUUGUGGGGCAGGUAUUUGGACAGCACCCGGAUGUCUUCUACCUGAUGGAGCCUGCCUGGCAUGUGUGGAUGAGUUUCACCAGCAGCACGGCCUGGAAGCUGCAUAUGGCUGCACGGGACCUUCUGCGUUCCACCUUCCUGUGUGACAUGAGUGUCUUUGAUGCCUACAUGAAACCAGGCCCCCGAAAACAGUCCAGCCUCUUCCAGUGGGAGCAAAGCCGGGCCCUGUGCUCAUCACCUGUCUGUGACGUCUUCUCUAGUGACCAGAUCAGCUCAGCUAAGGAUUGCAAGCUGCUCUGUGCUCAGCAGCCUUUUGAUAUGGUGGAGAAGGCCUGCCGCUCUCACAGUCAUGUGGUACUCAAGGAGGUGCGUUUCUUCAACCUGCAGGCCCUUUACCCACUGCUCACAGAUCCUUCCCUCAACCUACACAUUGUACACCUGGUCCGAGACCCCCGGGCUGUGUUCCGAUCUCGGGAACGCACCAGAGGAGACCUCAUGAUUGAUAGUCACAUUGUGCUGGGAGAGCAUUUGAAAAUGAUCAAGGAGGAAGACCAGCCCUAUUAUACCAUGCAGAUCAUCUGCAAAAGCCACGUGGACAUAAUCAAGGCCAUACAAACCCUGCCUGAGGUGAUGCAGCAGCGCUUUCUGCUCCUGAGGUACGAGGACUUAGUUCGGGAACCGCUGGCCCAGACCUCCAGGCUAUACAAAUUUGUGGGGCUGAAAUUCUUGCCCCAUCUCCACACCUGGGUUCACAACGUCACCCGUGGCAAGGGCAUGGGUCAGCAUACCUUCGACACUAACUCCAGGGAUGCCAUCAACGUCUCUCAGGCAUGGCGUUGGUCUUUGCCUUAUGAAAAGGUUUCUCAACUUCAAGAUGCCUGUAGUGAGGCUAUGGAUUUGCUGGGAUACCGCAAGGUCAGAUCCCAACAAGAGCAAGGCAACCUGUCACUGGAUCUUCUAUCUUCCUUCCAUAAUUUAGGGCAAGUCUAGUGAGAAGGCUUAGCAGAUCUGUCUGUACCAACUAGUUC